AUGGCCUCCGACGCAAUGGACAUCGACAGCUCCCCAGUUACUGCCAAAGAGGUUGAGCGCAAACGCAAACACAAGAAGCAGGACGCUUCGUCUCCGACGAAAAAGCGCAAGCAAACCGACUCCAAAUCUAAGAGCAAGAAGGCCGCCACAGAAAACUCCAAUCCCCACCCCGAGUCCCCCUUCUCGCUCACAAAGGCUACUCUCUACCUGCCUCUGGCGCCUAUCUCAAUCUCGCCUACUCAUGCAUUGGCCUCGCUGCAGGCGGAGCACCUCGCCCCGCUGCUCUUGACCUACUACCCACCACUUAAAGGUGUGGUGAUGGCCUACUCAAACGUCUCGAUCUCUAGCUUCCCGCCCUCAUCUAAACCGAAGCAGUCUAGCGACCAGAACCCUGCGCCACUGACGCUCGCCAAGACCGCCGACGAGUACGGUGUUCUCUACGUCUACCUAACAGCUACUUUCCUCGUCUUCCGUCCCAAGCGUGGCCAGACCCUGGAAGGCUGGGUGAAUGUUCAGUCCGAGGGCUUCCUCGGCGCCGUCGUGUACAACCUGUUCUCCGUCGGUAUCGAGCGCAAGCGACUCCCCACAAGCUGGACAUGGGUGGCACCGGGCGAGGAAGGCGAGAACACUGAAGAAAGCACCGGAACAGUCCACGAUGCGACCACAGAUGAGGAAUCAGGCGCAAACGAGAAGGCCUUUUUUGAUGCGGAGAAGGAGCACUUCCAGCCCGCCGCGCUGGCUGCGGACGAGCUUGGUAUGGGUGCCGACGAGGCGGAGGAGGAGGAGGCUUCAUCUGGCCACUUCCAGUCUGUAUCUGGGCACCGUGUGCGUGGUAAUGUACGAUUCCGUGUCGUCGAUGUCGAUGUUAUUCCAGGUUCGGAGCGGGAUCGUGGGUUCUUGAGUAUCGAGGGUACGAUGCUCGAGCCCGUGGAUGAGGACAAGCUCGUUCAGGCCGAGCACCAGGGCCAGUCUUUGCCUACUUCUUUCUUCGGGGAAUCUUCGGACAAGAAGUCGAACCGGGUGAUUCCUAUCUCGAUGUCCCCGCCGGCUGAGGCAGUGCAGGUGGUUGACGUUGAGCUGGAGCCGACGAAGGCUGAGAAGGUGGAGAAGAAGGAUAAAAAGGAGAAGAAGGAGAAGAAAGAAAAGAAGGAGAAGAAGGAGAAGACAGAGAAGAAGGAAAAGAAGGAGAAGAAGCCCAAGAAGGAGAAAUAG